UGUAGAUCUGCCUCGCAUCUUUACUUUUUUAAAUUUUAAGAAUUCACUCUUUUUAUAAUCUUAUUAUCAUAUAGAUUUUGUAUAAUUAUAAAGUAAUAAGAUGGCUCCUCCAAUUCAUCCAUUCGAUUCCGUAAGGGAUUAUGAAGUUAGAUUAGCAUCAAAGUUAGUUAAGGAUUCUUAUCCUGCUUCCGCUAAUGUUCACUUUGUCCAAAUUGAUAAAGUUGAUCCACCAAAGAAAGAUAUGAUUAAAUAUUUAGAAGCUGAAAGAUAUGGUGGUGUUAAACCUCAAAUUCCAAGAGUCUUAUAUGCUUAUUAUUAUACUGAUACUUUUGACUUUAAUAAGGCUUUAGUAAAUGUUACUGUUGGUCAUAUUAUUACCAAAGUUAAACAACCAAAGGGUGUUGUAGGUCCAUUAUUACCAGAUGAUGUUAUGGAAUGGGAAGAACACUGUAAUAACCAUCCAUUAGUUAAGGCUGAAAUUGAAAAAUUAAAAUUACCACCUGGAUACUCUGUCAGAAAUGACCCAUGGAUUUAUGCUACUGAUGAUCCAAAUGAAAAGAGACCUUUAGUUCAAUUUUUCAUGUAUGUUUUAGCUGGUAAUGGUCAUUCUGAAUCUAACCAUUAUUCUUUACCAUUAAAAUUCUCCCCAGUUUUCGAAUGUUUCUCAAAGAAAUUCGUUAGAAUCGAUUACUUAGCUGGUGGUUUUGAUGCUACUGUUACCCCAACUUUACCAUGGCAAGAAGUCCCAGCCGUUGAAUAUCAUCCAGAUUUAAACGGUGAAACCAGUAUGAGAGAUGUUAAACCAUUACUUAUCUCACAACCAGAAGGUCCAUCUUUCUCAGUUGAAGGUUCAAAAGUUAAAUGGCAAGGUUGGGAAUUCAGAGUUGCUACUUCUUCUAGAGAAGGUUUUGCCAUUUACGAUGCUUACUUUAAGGGUAGACAAGUAUUUUACAGAAUUUCUUUAUCUGAAAUGACUGUUCCAUACGGUGAUCCAAGAGCUCCAUACCACAGAAAACAAGCCUUUGAUUUAGGUGAUUGUGGUUUCGGUACUAAUGGUAAUCACUUAAACUUAGGUUGUGAUUGUUUAGGUGUUAUUAAAUACUUAGAUGGUCAUGGUAUUCAUGCCAAUGGUGAACCUUUUGUCAUUCCAAAUACUAUUUGUAUGCAUGAACAAGAUAACGGUAUCUUAUAUAAGCAUGUUAAUUACAGAACCAAUAAUGCUGUUGUUGCAAGAAAGAGAGAAUUUGUUGUUCAAACCAUUGCAACUGUUGCCAAUUAUGAAUAUAUUGUUAACUUGAAAUUUGUUAAUGAUGGUUCAAUUGAUAUUGAAGUCAGAGCUACCGGUAUUUUAUCUACCAUGCCAAUUGAUGAAAAUGUCAAAGUUCCAUGGGGUACUAUUGUUGGACCAAACGUUAUGGCCGCUUACCAUCAACAUAUCUUAUCUUUCAGAAUUGAUCCAGCUAUUGAUGGUCAUAAGAAUACUGUUGUUUAUGAUGAUGCUGUUAAAUUACCAAGAGAUGAUUUCAACAAAUAUGGUAUUGGUUUUGUUACUGAUCGUAAAUAUGUUGAAAAGGCUGGUUAUGUCGAUCAAUCUCCAUUCACCAAUAGAACUUAUAAGAUCAUCAAUGAAAAUGUCAUUAACCCAGUUUCUAAGAACCCAGUUGGUUAUAAGAUUGCUAUGCCAGCUAGACAAAUGUCAUUGGCCGAUGCCGACUCUUUCAAUAAUAGAAGAGCUAAAUUCUCAACUCAACAAGUUUGGGUUACUAAAUAUAAUGAUCAUCAACUUUUCGCUGCUGGUGAAUUUACUAAUCAAUCUCAAAAGGAUACUGGUUUAGGUGAAUGGGCCAAUGGUGUUGAUCCAGUCAGAAAUGAAGAUCUUGUUGUUUGGGCUACUUUAGGUUUCACCCAUAUUCCAAGAGUUGAAGAUUUCCCAGUCAUGCCUGUUGAAACUCAUAACAUCCACUUGGUUCCAUUCAAUUUCUUCGACAAAAACCCAGCUUUAGAUUUGCCACAAUCUAACCAAGCUUUCAACAAGAGUUCUCUUUACACUGGUGAUAAAGCUGUCGAAUCUUGUUGCAAAACUAAAAUCUAAAUUUAAUUUUUCAUGUAUUUAAUUUAUUAUUAUUAUUAUUAUUAUUAUUACAGGUACCUUU